CUGCGCCAGGCAGCUCCCGGCCGGGACUUUGCCGCAGCCCGCGGGCCGGGCCGGACCGGACCUGACCGGACAGGGGGAGGGAGCGGACGGGACCGGACCGGACCGGCGGGCGAAUGGCUGGCAAGGACUAUGACCAUCUCUUCAAGCUGCUCAUCAUCGGGGACUCGGGGGUGGGGAAGAGCAGCCUCCUCCUGCGGUUUGCAGAUAACACGUUCUCCGGCAGCUACAUCACCACCAUCGGCGUCGAUUUCAAAAUCCGGACCGUGGUGAUCAACGGCGAGCGGGUCAAGCUGCAGAUCUGGGACACGGCGGGACAGGAGCGAUUCCGCACCAUCACCUCCACGUAUUACCGCAACACCCACGGCGUCAUCAUCGUCUACGAUGUGACGAACCCCGAAUCCUUCGUCAACAUCAAGCGCUGGCUGCACGAGAUUGGGCAGAACUGUGACAACGUCUGCAAGGUGCUGGUGGGGAACAAGUGCGAGGACCCGGCCCGGAGGCAGGUGGAGACAGCUGACGCCCGGCGCUUCAGCGAUCAGAUGGGGGUGCGGCUCUUCGAGACGAGCGCCAAGGAGAACCUCAACGUUGAGGAGAUGUUCAACGCGGUGACGGCCAUGGUGCUCCGCACCAAGCAGGAGAACCUGGCGCGGCUGCAGCACCCUGAGGUGGUGAAGAUCAACAGGCCCAAGAAGAAGCCCCCUGUCAAGAAAUGCUGCUGAGGGGCGGGGGCCCCCAAAACCUGGGGGGAACUGAGCUGCCCCCACCCACUGGGGCAGGGAUGGACUGUGUGUAUGGGGGGGGGGUAUCUGCAUCCCCUCCUGCCUGGGGGCUCCUGGCUGUUGGGGGCUGGAGUGUGGGCAUGUG